AUGGUGGCCCAAUGCGACGCUCUCUUCCGCCACAUACCCUUGACAACUGGGUUUGUCCCUGACAACUGGUGGUAUCUGAUGAAUUUUGCCAUUGAAAAGAAGCCAGGCGACUUUCGGCUGACGAAAAUGCGUACGAUUCAGCUCAUGAAUUCUGAAUCCCAAGCGAACUACAAGAAACUGGGCCGCCUGGCCAUGGCAUACGGCGAAGAACAUCACCUCUUGGCCGAUGGACAGUGCGGGUCUAGAAAGCACCAUCAAGCGAUCGACCUUGCCCUUUCUAAACGUCUUGUGUGGGACCUUCUGAUUCUUCAGCGCCGCUCUGCGGGGUGGAUUUCAAAUGACGCAAAGUCGUGUUUUGAUCGGGUUGUCCAUUGGGUUGCGGUGUUAGCUAUGAUGCGCCUGGCGAUUACUUGGAAUGCGUUGCGCAUGAUGUUUGACACUCUCGCAACAUCCACGCACGGAGUGCGGACAGGCUUUGAUGACUCUGAAGAGAGCUUUCAUCCCCCUUCCAUGGUACCAUUUCAGGGUUGCGGCCAGGGCAACGGAGCGGGCCCGCCCAUUUGGGUCUUCGUUAGCUCCGUCAUCAUCCAGAUGAUGACCGCGAUGGGCUUCGGCUUCGAAUGUCUCACCGCGAUUGAUUCUCAACUGAUCACCGCCCAGUGCUUCUGCUUCGUCAACGACACGGAUGUGAUCGAAGCGGGCAAGUCUGUGGAACAAUCUGGCGAGGAUAUAUGCCACUCCGUCCAACAAGCGGCUUCCACGUGGGCUGGAGGCAUUAGCAUUAUUUUGGGAAGUACGUGGUCUGUCCUCCAUACGUAUAGUUUUGUAGUCUGA